AUGGUCGGGUCAAGGGGUCUGCGAGCCAACCGAGACAAGAUCGACGUUGUUCUUACAAUGAAAGCUCCAACAUCAGUUAAAAAAAUUCAGUCUUUGAAUGGACGACCAGCCGCUCUCCACCGGUUCCUGUCAAAAGCAGCAGACAGAUCGCUCCCAUUCAUGGAUGUGCUCAAAAAAAGCUUCAGGUCAGAGUUCAAAUGGACCGAAGAAGCCGCACGAUCUUUUGAAGAACUUAAAACUUAUCUCGGCACUUUGCCGACGCUCACCGUACCUGAAAAAGACGAAGUAUUGACGGUCUAUCUGGUCGCGUCGUACGGAACAAUCAGUGCAGUACUCGUUGCUCACCGAACUGGGGCACAAAUUCCCAUUUAUUAUGUGAGCCGAACAUUGAAAGAUUAUGAAACGAGGUACUCAAGCCUGGAAAAAUUAGCCCUGGCGCUGGUUCAUGCCUCCAGAAGGAUUCGUCGGUAUUUUCAGGCCCACCCAAUUGAAGUACGAACGAACCAAAGAAUCCAGCAUGUUCUUCGACGACCGGAAGUUUCAGGGCGUAUGGCAAAGUGGGCAAUCGAGCUGGGUGCAUUCAAUAUUACUUUCAGAACCAAGGGACCCCUGAAGGGGCAGGUGAUAGCUGAUUUCCUAGUAGAAAUGCCGGAAGAAAAAGUAGUCGAAGAAGCCGCGAAAGCUCCAGCCAAACCCUGGACCCUAUACACAGACGGAGCUUCAAGUUCCGAAGGGUCAUGGGCAGGCUUAAUUCUCACCGACCCAGACGGUACGGAUGUGACGUACGCGCUCCGUUUAGAGUUCAAGAGCUCCAACAACGAAGCCGAAUAUGAGGCCUUUUUGGCUGGCUUACGUCUAGCGCUAAAAGUCGGAGCAAGAAAUGUCGUAGCCCAUGUAGAUUCGUUGCUCGUAGCAAACCAAGUAAAUGGGGAAUAUGAAGCAAGAGAAGCCAACAUGAUCGAGUAUCUCGAGCAAGUAAAGCAAGUAAUGGCAUCGUUCGAGGCAUGUAAAGUUGAACACAUCCCCCGAAGCAAAAACAAAAAAGCUGAUGCGUUAAGCAAGUUGGCGUCGGUAUCAUUUAGUCACCUAGCUAAAGAAGUGAGGGUGGAAGUCUUAAACGCACCUUCAAUUGCAGUUCCGCAGGUUAUGCAAGUAGAAGCUCCGGUGCAAACAUGGAUGACACCCAUAAUCAACUACUUGGUGCACGACGUUCUACCGGUUGACAAAGCAGAAGCAAGAAAGAUCCAAAUCAACUCUCUUCAGUACCAAAUGCAAGAAGGAGGGUUAUACCGAAAGACCUUUCUUGGACCACUGCUGAAAUGUCUUGACCCAGAGCAAGCCAGUUACAUCAUCAGGGAAAUACAUUAUGGCAUUUGCGGCAUUCACGCCGGACAAAAAAUGGUUGUGGCCAAAGUAAAAAAUGCAGGAUAUUACUGGCCUGGGAUGCACGAGAGUGCAGUUAAGGAGCUUCAACAAUGUGAUGAGUGCCAAAGGCAUGCACCGAUAAGCCUUCGGGCCAAGAAUGAAAUGAUUCCGGUGACUGCAGCAUGGCCCUUCCAAAAGUGGGGCGUUGACAUAGUUUGUCCUUUCCCUCGAUCGAGCGGAAGCGCCCAGUAUUUGCUAAUCGUAGUGGAUUAUUUCACCAAAUGGGUGGAAGCUCGACCGUUUACAGUCAUCUCCGGCUACAAUGUAACGAGAUUCUUUUGGGAGCAAAUCGUGUGCCGCUUCGGUCUUCCACUCUACAUCGUAAGCGACAAUGCAAAGCAAUUCGCGGAAAACCCGUUUAAACGUUGGUGUGAAAACUUGAAGAUCAAUCAAGUCUUUUCUUCGGUUGCCCACCCCCAGGGGAACGGGCAAGUCGAGCAGAUAAAUCGAAGAAUUGUUGAUGGGAUAAAGAGAAGGCUUGGUUGCGAGGGAAAAGGCUGGGCGGAUGAAUUACCAAACGUGAUGUGGGCUCACUGA